CAAUUAGCUAACGAGCUGCCGCGUGACGUAACGUGAACGCGCGAGUCCGUGUCGUUGCUGAGAGCUCGAGACGCUCAGAGCAUCCAGAAAGCUUCACCUGAGACCUUGAGCCAGCUCAGUUUUCAGCUGCAGCCAAAGCAGCAAAGUGCAUCACUGAAGGCUUCAUACUUCAACAGCAGCAUCACCAAUCACCUGUGAACAGGCGGGCUUUAAUCCCUGUGCUCCUCCUGAAGGAACCAUGUCUGCCGUCUACCUCCUCGUCCUGCUACUGCCUCUGAUCUCAGCUCAGACGUAUCACUGGGGUCCCUGUCCGACUCCGAAGGUUCAGCCCAGCUUCAACCUCCAACAGUACCUGGGCAGGUGGUACGAGAUCGAGAAGCUUCCUGCUUCUUUUGAGAGAGGAAAAUGCAUCGAGGCGAACUACGCCGUGAGAAGAGACGGAACUAUCCGGGUGCUGAACUCUCAGUUCUAUAAAAACAAGACGAGGGUAGCAGAAGGAACAGCAGUGAUUCAUGAUAUGCGAGAACCGGCCAAAUUCGGAGUCAGCUUCUCAUACUUUACCCCCUACAGUCCAUACUGGGUUCUGACCACCGACUACACCAGCGUGGCCGUCGUCUACUCCUGCACCGACAUCCUCCGUAUCUUCCACAUCGACUACGCCUGGAUUCUCGGCCGGUCGCGCUUCCUGCCCUAUGAGACGGUGAGUUACGCCAAAGAGCUGCUGAUCAACGAGGGGAUCGACCUUUUCAGGAUGAAGGCAACAGACCAGAGGGGCUGCAAGGACAACUAGGAACUGAUGGAGACUUUCUCUGCAGAGCCACGUCUUCGUAUGUUAUCAGCUGAAUCCUCACAACAAGCACAGCAUUAGAUUCAGGAAUCAUUUUAAAAUAUAUUUUUAUGUUUUGAUUCUGUAUUCGCUGCUGAGUGUGUAAACGACGGGUGAAGUGAACCUGUAUCUUAUAUUAUUUACCACAAUCAGUGAAACAAGCAAGUUCUUGACGGGGAAAAACUACUUUGGGAGGGUUCUGUGUAUAUUAAAGAUGCAUUCUUAAAGCA